AGGCCGCGCAGAGGCGACGGGCCCGAGCAUGAUGAUGGACCUUUUCGAGCCCGGCUCCUAUUUCUUCUACUUGGACGGGGAGAAUGGAGGCCUGCAGCAGCUGGACAUGGCCGAGGGCUCACCGCUGUACCCGGGCAGCGACGGCACCCUGUCGCCCGCCUCCUGCCCCGACCAGCUGGCCCCGGAGGGCGGCGGGGGCGGGGGGGACAGCAGCAGCGGCAGCGGCGGCGAGGAGCAGCACGUGCUGGCGCCGCCGGGCCUGCAGGCGCCCCACUGCCCCGGCCAGUGCCUCAUCUGGGCCUGCAAGACCUGCAAGCGGAAAGCGGCGCCCACCGACCGGCGCAAGGCGGCCACGCUGCGCGAGAGGCGGCGCCUCAAGAAGAUCAACGAGGCCUUCGAGGCCCUCAAGAGGCGGACGGUGGCCAACCCCAACCAACGCCUGCCCAAGGUGGAGAUCCUGCGCAGCGCCAUCAGCUACAUCGAGCGCCUCCAGGACCUCCUCCACCGCCUCGACCAGCAGGACAAAAGGCAGCAGCUGCUCCUGCCCAACGCCGCCGCCGCCGCCGCAGCAGGCACCUUCAGCCCCAAGGCGGGCAAGAUGCCCCCUGCCGACUUCCUGAGCACCUGCGCCGGCGCCGCCGACUGGCCCAGCGGCUCGGAGCAUUCCAGGGCGCUGCCCCUCAGCCCCCCCAAGGAAGGCGCGCCGCCCCCCGACUCUUCGGCCUCCAGCAGCCUGCGUUGUCUCUCCUCUAUCGUGGACAGUAUCUCUUCGGAAGACCGCAAAGUGCCCAGCGGGGAGGAAGUGGUGGAGAAGUAGCCCCGGGGGAGUAUUUGGGGAAACCUGCAGCGCAAGGAAGUGGCCAUCCCGUCGCCCUGGAGACUACAUCGCCAAUUAAUUUCUGAUCUCUUCUGGAAAUCCUAGAGGGGUGACUAAAGGAUGCCAACUGCAUCUUCUUAAAAGGAAGAUUGGCCCUCGGCUAGGUGCACAGAGACCAGCUCUCCUUUCUCUGCUUCCCCUUCCAAGGUCAUCUUCUUCUAACCUCCUGCGGCCUCGACCACCCGCUCUUCCUCCUUCACAAUUAACGCAAGGCCUUGUGCUCUAGUGAGGAUCUUCUUUGUAUAAUAACAGACAGAAAAGUUCAUUCCUGUUUGAAUGACGUUCAAGGUUAUCUUUUAUUUAAA